CUCUUCCUUCAAACAGUUCUCUCUCCUCCUGUGGUUCCCUCUCUCCUAGUCUCUCGCUCUUUCCCUCCUCCAUCCCUCAGCGGCGUCUGCGUCAGGCCCCCACUGGCGUGACGCGCGUGGUCUGGGUGGGAGCUGUCCACUCGCCCAGGUGCUGAAUACAGCAGCGCUUUCACGGCCGCUGGGGUGGAAGUAGCUGGGUCCCUUCUCCGCUCUCCGAAGCUUGUUUCCAGUCCUCGGACCGUCAGCCUACCGCCCCGGCACCUCCCUUCCAGCACCACCCCUUUGGGAACUGAGCCAGGGGGGCAGCAGUCGCGGCGGCGGGUGCUGAGCAACGGCGGAAGACAACACCUGGCAGCAGGCUGGAAUCUGAUUCGCUUCCUUUUCGGCUUUUCUAAGAGAUAUAUUUAUAUACGGUUCUGGGGAGUCUCCAGGACCAAGCUGGAGCCAAGUGCCGUCUGUCUGACCAACUCGACCACACCGUCUCUAUUCCUCAUCCCCACCUUCAGCUUACACCGCAAACAAGCCUUACCUCGGUGCAUCUGCGAGAGGUAGCAACAGCAAGCGAGCCUAGCCAGCCAGAGGCAGCUGGAGGAAGGAGGGGCGGCGUGGGGGUGGGAGCAAAGAGCGGGCCGAGGCCGCACAAGGUGGGGGGAGCGGGGGCAGAGCUGUCGACAGGACCUGGCAGCAGCCCUCCUCCGCCCCCACCCACCAGAAGCACUCUUUCUUGAUUAUCCGAGAACUGAAUUGUUUCAUUAGUAUUAUUUUAUUUUUUAUUCUCCCCGUCACUCCCCCACCGCCCCUACCCCCACGCCUGCCUUGUCUCUGGUUGCAUGGCAGCACUGCCCGGGCGCGGGGGCUCAGGGCCAGCCCCUCGGGAAGGAAAAGGAGGAGGAUCAUGAAGCCUGGAGUCGCGACCGCGCUGGACCGCGGGCAGCAGCCAGAGGACCAGCCGGAGCAGCCCCCGCCUGGGAGACACCAGGACGCCGACCAGCAGUCGCUUCUGCUGCCACAGCAGCAGCGCCGGGCGCGUGCAGACCCAGAGCAGGAGGAGGGCGACAGCGACCCAGAAGAGGACGAGGAGGAAAAAGCGAGGCCACUUUCCAGCCCGGACCAGCCCAUCUUUCAGCUCUCGAACCUCGCCCGAAGGGACUUUUGAUGGAACCAAGGGGAGGGGCCUCCGACUUACAGACUGCAGCUGGAGUGGGCUGGGGGCUGAGAUCAUGUAACUAUUCCCUUUUCCUGUCCCCUCCCACACGCCCCUCUUCACUACCUCCUUUCUCUGAUCCUUCUGUCACCUUCUCAAUCCCAAACACACACCCUUCCUCUAUUCAGGACCUUAGACUCUGGAAGGCAGCAACCCUCGGAGGGUUAAGGAUCUCUUUUUCCUCCAUCCUUUCCUGGUCCACCGCCCUAUAUCCCACCUCUUCUGUGUAGCCUUUUGGCUGCAUAGGCGAAGCACAAGGUGAAGCUCUUUGCCCAAUUUCACCCACAACCAGUCCCCCAAUUCCUAUCUUAAAAGCAACUCUGGUGCUGCUGGGGGUUAAUUGCCCCGGUUUUCUGCCGAAGAGAACUAGAACUUGUACCCCUGCCCAAUCUUGCCUUCCCUCAACCACUUCGUACUAUCUGAGGCAGUCUAUCUUUUUUCUCUCUCAUGUUUAAUUCUCAAUUCUUUACUGAGCUGGGUUCCCUAAGCUGCUCCAAAUUUGAUUUCUAUCCACCCUUUUUAUAUAAAAGAGAUUUACCACAGCCUAGAGAUUUGAGAAGAACCUAGCAACCCUUUCUUUGGGAACUUUUAACAAUUAGACCUUGGUCAUGCAUCCCAGCCUGGAUGCUUCCUCGACUGCCCUGCUCCCAGUAGUGUUCUGGGGUCAAAGACAGAAAGGAGACAACAGCCAGAAUUAAGUCUGAGGUUGGGGCGGGGCUGCCAGAGCAAGAAAAACUUUUUUACUUUGCAUUUCCUUCGUAGCGUUCAGAAUCAUUGACUCACAGUUGUCAGUCUAGGGGGUAAUUUAUUUGCUGCUUGGAGGGGUUAUAAGAAGAGCCAAUAAGAAAGAGGUUCCGCCAUAACAUAGGAACACCGUGGACCCCGAGCCCCACCCUACCCACCUCUUCAAAGACUCCAGCUGCCCCCUUUCCAGUCCUCUGCUUCCCUAUCACAUGCUCAUGCCCCUGGGUGGGCUGCUGUGGUGGUGCUGCUGCUGCUGCUGUGGCUGGUACUGCUGUGGACUGUGCACCCCAGCUCCCCAGAUGUUGCGCCACCAGGGUCUCCUCAAGUGCCGCUGCCGAAUGCUCUUCAAUGACCUGAAGGUUUUCCUACUGAGGCGCCCCCCUCCAGCGCCCCUGCCCAUGCACGGUGACCCCCAGCUCCCUGGUGUGGCGGCCAACAACAACACCCUUCCGGCUCUGGGUGCCGGAGGCUGGGCAGGCUGGAGGGGCCCCCGAGAAGCGGUGGGCAGGGAGACCCCUCCUCUGCCACCUCCACCACCUUUGCCUCCUUCUGUGGAAGAUGACUGGGAUGGUCCAGCCAUAGGGCCACCGGCCUCCCUGCUCAGCAGCGCUUCCUCUGACGAAUUCUGUAAGGAGAAAACUGAGGACUGCUACUCCCUUGGGAGCUUGGACAGUGGCAUGAGGACUCCCCUCUGCCGCAUCUGUUUCCAGGGACCAGAGCAGGGAGAGCUGCUAAGCCCAUGCCGCUGUGAUGGUUCAGUCAAAUGCACACACCAGCCAUGUCUCAUCAAAUGGAUCAGUGAGAGGGGCUGCUGGAGUUGUGAGCUGUGCUACUAUAAGUACCAUGUCAUCGCCAUAAGCACAAAGAAUCCUCUACAGUGGCAGGCCAUAUCCCUGACAGUCAUCGAGAAGGUUCAGAUUGCAGCCGCCAUCCUGGGUUCUCUCUUCCUCAUCGCCAGUAUCUCUUGGCUCAUCUGGUCGACCUUCAGUCCCUCAGCAAAAUGGCAACGCCAAGACCUCCUCUUCCAGAUCUGCUAUGGGAUGUAUGGCUUCAUGGACGUGGUGUGCAUAGGCCUCAUCAUCCAUGAAGGGCCCUCCGUAUACCGCAUCUUUAAACGCUGGCAGGCUGUAAACCAGCAGUGGAAAGUGCUGAACUAUGACAAGACAAAAGACUUAGAGGAUCAAAAAUCAGGAGGCAGGACAAACCUACAGACUUCCUCAUCUGCCCAAGCCAGCAUGCCCUCCACGGAAGAGGAGGCAGCCAGCCCGCCUGCCCGUGAAGAAGGCCCCCCGAGGGCUGCCAGCCACCCCUCAGGCCCUGUGUCCCAACACCACUGUGCUUACACCAUCCUACACAUCCUGAGUCACUUGAGACCACAUGACCAGCGGAGCACCCAGGGCAGCAGCCGAGAGCUCGUCAUGAGAGUCACCACAGUGUGAAAGGAGGCCUGGAGGGAAAGUUGAGACCACACACACCCCAGGAAAGAGUCUGGGCCAGGAGGGGCCCAGGGAACAGGAAUGGGAGGCAAGAAUCCAGCAGUGGGUGUUGGGCCUCAAGGGGAGCUGUGGGCUGUGGGGAGACUGCCUGAGAGAGAGUGCUGUUGUUUUCAUAGCAAGGGAAAACCAACAGAAACUUCACAACAAUGGGUGGGAUGAAUGGAAUCUGCCCUAAGAAAACAACCCCUUCCAGAGAGCCACAAGUAGCAAGACACCCAGAAAGGGGUGGGCAGAAAAUGGUGGCUGGUACCUGAGGUACCUGCUGUGCCUAUGGGUGUUAAGGGCAGCAAAAAGAGAAAGCAAUGGCCACCUAGGGAAGAGCUUUUGUAAUUUGCAUCUCUCUUUCAGCCUUGGGUUUAUUCCUCCCUGGGUGCUGCUUCCUAAUACUGGGUACCAGACACAUACAGAGAGAGAGAGAGAGAGAGAGAGAGAGAGAGAGAGAGAGAGAGAGAGAGAGAGAGAGAGAGAGAGAGAGAGAGAGACUGGGACCUUGUAGGCUGGUGGCCCUACCAUGUUUGUUGGGGGCCUCUACACUCUGCAAAAUUCCAGUGACUCAGAUGGCUUUACCAAUCCCUAGGAGAUGGUUCGGGAAGGGAGUUGUUGGUAUGCCUGGCCAGAGAGAUGGGGCUGGGUCCCCCAGAAAGAACUUUCCUAGGUGUAACUACAAGUGUCAUGUGAACUCAAAGAAGGCUGAGGUUUAGAGAUGGUAAUCUUUCUGUUUCCUUGUUUAUUUUAUGGUGAUUUGGCUCAAAGAUGUUUACAGGAUGGGGGACUCACACACAUGCAUGUGGGCGUGGAGGGAGGCACAGACUUCUCGUGAGUAUCUCAAGCACACUUCUGCUGCUGUGCCGUCAGCCUUCAAAGCUGCGAGGCCAAGGAUGAUUUUUACCCACUGCUCAACUCCAUCCAUAACCAGGAUAACACAGUGCCAUGUUCUUUUGGCCUUGGCAUUCUCACAGGGCAGGCAGAUACACAUACACACAUGUAUGUGCGCACGCACGCACGCAUGUGUGAGCGCACACCUGCAAAAACACACACACAGACACACAGACACACACACACACACACACACACACACGUACACACACACCACAUGCACCUGGGUCUGCUGCAGUGUGGGGUGACACUGGCCUGUCUAUCUCAAGGAAGGCAUGAACAUCUAAGUAUUCCUUGCUGCUUGGUACCAGUCUCCUCCCUAAAGAGGCGAUUUGCCUAGUGCUCUGGGCUAUGUACUCCUGGUCCUCCUUGUGCAACCAGACACACCAAGGAGCCAAUCAGGGAGGACACUGUCUUAGGAGCCCACCUGUGUGUUCCAAGAACCUGCCAGGGAAGACCACUGGGUGGUCACCUGCAGAGUUUCUUACUGUCAUUGCACAAUGGACAUGUCAUCCUUGGGUAUUAAAUGGACACUGUCAAGUACUUUUUUAAACUAGUUUUUAGGGUUUUUUAAAAACUCUCUGUUGUUUGUAAUAUUCUCUUAAAAGCUUGGAAAUAAAAUUUCUUUCCCUAGCA